UUUCCGCCCUCUCGUUCUCUGUUUAUCUCUGAUAGGAUAGCUUCUAAGAGAUGUAACUCCCGUUCGGCCAAUAGGAUAGACCCACGGCUGCCAGGACCUUUUGCUGUUUUGGCGGUACCUUUCGGGGACGGGUUGUGUUUUCAUUCAGGAAGCUUUUACGGGUUGGACUGUGCCGGGUCGUGGCCUGGGGUGGGGGAGUAUAUUUCUGAUUGAUUUCGAGACCCGGCCGGGACGACGGAGGUUUUGUGUCGGUGGCUGCAACGAGGAAGAAGCGACCCCGUCUUUGGAGCGCUGCUUUCUUUCCCAGUGAAGAUCCGGAAGGAGGCCCGUCGCUUCGCACAGGCAAGAGUGGCCCACAAGUGGAGAAUUUGCACCUCUCUCCUCUUCUCGUUUUCUCUGUCCUUUUAGGGGGUGUGAGGAAACCUCUGACUUCGAGCCGGCUUAGCAUACUCGCCACUGAGGAGUCGCUUAGGCUGGAAACAGAGGAGCGAAGAGUGGGCCGAACUGACAACCCUCCCGCUGUUCCAGAACUACCCCGCGCUGUUGGGAGCGACUUGGCUGCUAUAAAGGAUUUGCUGGUGGGGAACGGAUCCCCUCCCUUUUCCCAGGACGGCGGCGUUGGACUGCGUGUGUGACAUGUCCCCAACGAUCUCCUGCAAAGACAGCAGUCGGCAACGCCGGCCUGGCAGCUACCAGAACUCGCUGGAUGUGAUGAAAAGUGAGUCUCCACCUCUGGACUUUUAUGGAGAUGGCCACGCUGAGACGGUUGGAGCAGGUGACAGAGUGGCACUUUUUCAAGAGCCAGAUGUUAGACCACUUGGGACUCCCCGAGGCUAUCGAGCAGAGCUCGGCAGUAUCUUACUGCUCCUCUUCCUCUACGUGCUGCAGGGUAUUCCUCUGGGGCUUGCGGGCAGCAUUCCGCUCAUCUUGCAAAGCAAAAAUGUUAGCUACACAGACCAGGCUUUCUUCAGCUUUGUCUUCUGGCCUUUCAGUUUAAAGCUGCUUUGGGCCCCCUUGGUGGAUGCUGUGUACUUCAGGAGCUUUGGCCGCCGCAAGUCAUGGCUUGUGCCCACUCAGUACAUCUUAGGGCUUUUUAUGAUGUACCUUUCUGUGCAGGUGGACUCCUUGCUUGGGGAAAAAGAUGGCAAAACCCCAGAUGUGGUGGCCCUUACAGUGACCUUCUUCUUGUUUGAGUUCCUGGCAGCCACUCAGGACAUAGCUGUAGACGGCUGGGCAUUGACUAUGUUGUCCCGGGAGAAUGUGGGCUAUGCUUCCACUUGUAACUCUGUGGGCCAGACAGCUGGCUACUUCUUGGGAAAUGUCUUGUUUUUGGCUCUUGAAUCAGCUUCCUUCUGCAACAAGUAUUUGCGGUUUCAUCCCCAACCCAGAGGAAUUGUAACACUUUCAGAUUUCCUGUUUUUCUGGGGUGCUGUUUUCUUGAUAACUACCACCUUGGUUGCACUCUUGAAAAAAGAAAAUAAGGAAAGAACCCCAUCAAAAGAUGAAACAAAAGGCAUCAUGGAUACAUACAAGCUGCUCUUCUCAAUAGUCAAAAUGCCAGCAGUCCUUACAUUCUGUGCCCUGAUUUUAACAGCAAAAAUUGGAUUUUCGGCAGCAGAUGCAGUUACAGGCCUCAAACUGGUAGAAGAAGGAGUACCUAAAGAACACUUGGCUCUACUUGCUGUUCCAAUGGUUCCACUGCAGAUCAUAUUGCCUCUGAUUAUCAGCAAAUACACAGCAGGUCCACAGCCCCUGAACACAUUUUACAAAGCUAUGCCAUUUAGGUUACUGUUUGGAUUGGAAUUUGCUCUCUUGGUUUGGUGGACUCCCAAAGUAAAAUAUGAAGGAGGAUUUCCUAUCUAUUACUAUAUUAUACUGUUGCUGAGUUAUGCUUUGCAUCAGGUUACACUGUAUAGCAUGUAUGUUGCUAUCAUGGCUUUCAAUGCCAAAGUUAGCGACCCACUCAUUGGAGGAACAUACAUGACACUACUUAACACAGUCUCAAAUUUGGGAGGAAACUGGCCUGCAACAUUAGCUCUUUGGCUUGUGGAUCCACUUACAGCAAAGGAGUGUGUUGGAGCUCAAGGACACAACUGCGGGACUACAGCUGCUGCAGAACUUUGCACAAAAGAAGGUGGAUCUUGUAUUAUUACCCUGGAUGGUUAUUACGUGGAAUCCGUAAUAUGCAUGACUUUGGGAUUUGUUUGGUGGCUCUUUCUUGGACCCAAAUUCAAAAAGCUGCAGGAUGAGAGAGCAUCUUCAUGGAAAUGCAGAAGAACCAGUUAAUAAAAAAAACUAGCAAAAGUUGUUAUGGUCUUAUCCCAUAAUGAGUACACAAGAGAACAAUGCAUCUGUGUAGAAAAGAUGGCCAGUUUAUACAUGCCAAAUGACUUUACAAAAAUCAAGCCAGGAAAGUAGUAUAUGGAUCAGUGAUAAAAGCAUACACACCCCUGGCAAAAUUACCUUUUAAGGUUAAAAUAAGUAAGUCAUACUCAAAACAGCACUUUAAAACUACAUAGCUGUUCUGCUAACUUGCAGUAUCUGCCUUUUUUCUUCUGAUUGAUUUGUUUAACAGUGCUAAACAAAACUUUCAUGAAAUGAUAACUUUUUGAUUUAAAUAUAUGCAUUGAAUGUACAUAGUAAAAGAAGCUACAGAGAAAACAAACAAUAUGGUACAUUCCUCCCCUCCCUCUUUGAAUUGCUUUAUAUUGCUGACCGUAACUAAACUUUAUGGGAGAAAACAAUGCAUAGCAACAGAUUCUCUCAGGAGUGUUUUCCUGGCUUCUAUAAGCUUUAAAGAUUUAGAAGAGGAGUAUUUUUAUAAUGGUGAAAGUUUAGUGUUUUUUUCCCCAGUGUGCACACUUGACUUCCAAGGCACUUUGAUUUCCAAAUAAAAGUUUCUUCACUGCAGCAUUAGUGUGAGGGGGAAUGGCUCACUAGGUACUUAAAAUUGACACAACUGGUAGAAAGGCGGCAGGCAUAUUGACCAGUACUGGAGAAAAGGCUUCCAAAAGAUUAGGAGCACGUAUAAGGUCAGUGAGUUCAGUUUAUGUGAAGAAGGAAAUACGUGGUUUCUCAAGAAUUGAUCAUACUUUUUGUGUGUGUGUGACAUUGGAACUCAAGGGACUACGCAAAAGAUGCAGUGCCUUUUGAAAAGAAGUUGUGUAAGAUAGUGAUAAAUUGUCAGUACUUCUCAUGUUUUAGAACAUUCAUAUCAUUCUAAUACAAGAGAGUCAUUCAAUCAUUCCCAGCUGAUGCUAGGAAUCUAUUAACUGGUAAAGCAUUGUUACAAUUAUCAUUAAGAGGGAUUCUUCUCUUUAGUGCCUUUAAGAUGUACAUGAUGUAUCAACUAAAAAGGGGGCCCUAUUAUAGUAUGCUGGUUGUAUUUGGUACAUCUUUCAUAUUAAAAUACCUUCAAAAGGUAUGACAGGCUAGUGUCAUACUCUU